ACCGGAGGUAUCCCCGUGACAUCACGUUCGCGCCGUCGUACCUGCUUGCUUGUUAUUAUUAUAUACUCGGUUAACGGCACGUCGCUGACGCGUAUUCCGCGGUUUUCUCACGUUCGUCAACCCCCCCUCCCCCCGCGUGUGUGUGUCUGGUAAUCGGUCAACGGUCACAUUAUCGAACGUUAUCGUUUUGUGCCGCGGACAUGCCUGGCAACAACGACGAGACGGAACCGACUGGUCACGGCUAUCCGUGCGCAACCUGCGAUGUGGCCGCGUACGACGACGGCAACGGCACGGACGACGGCGCCAACCGCAACGCUGACUUCGAAAACGGCGAUUCCAGUUGGACGUACGACCGAUAUAGCAGCAGUGGCAACAGCAGCGCCAGCGUUUCGUCGUCAAUGUCGUCCAGCGACAGCGACAGCGGCAGCGGUUUGGCCACCGACGACGGUGACGGUGGUAGCGACGGUAGUUCGGCCGCCGACGAUGACGUGCAGGACGCCGCUGCCAAUAAGAACAAAAAGAAAAAGAGCGCCGCGGCCAUCAGCGACAGCAACGACGGGUACAAGUGGAUCAAGGCGUUGUGCUCCAUCGUGGUGCAGAACGGCAGCGAGGGCAAACAGGAGCGCGACAAACGUUCGUCAAAACCGGUCAAGAGCAUUUUGCGGCCGCCGACCAAAUAUCAGUACGUCAUCGGCAUGUCCGGGUUCCCGUCCAAAGUGCCCGUCUACCCAAGAUGGACGUGA